AUGUCGACCACGGCGCCGUCCACCCCAGAAAACACACCCCGCAAGGUCGCCCUGAAUCGCUCCUUUACCCUGCCAGCCAAAGUCGCGACAUCGAGUCGAACGAACCCAACCGCCGAGAUAGGAGCUGCAGAAGGGAUAGAAACACUCUACGUACACCCGAACUGCAAGGUCAUCAAGUUCACAAGUGCGUCAAGACCAGGUAGCAGCGGUGGAACCCCGAGUCCAAGUGGCAGCAGUAGCAAUGGCAAGCUGCCAUGGGCUACUUUGACAGAGCAGACGCUGGCUGCAGGUCCACUGGAGAUAUAUCGCGUACCUGGGUCAGUCUCGUUUCUACAUUCGGGAGCUUUGCUGCAUGCGAUCUUGCCCAGAAGCAACUGCUGGUGCGUUGAUGGUGUAAGCAAGUUUGCGAUGAGGGUUCUACCGGACACAUACUAUCGCAUCGAACUACCUGGAGAUACACCUGAAGAUUUGGAGAAGAUUGAAGAAUGCAAGCAAACUUUGAAGAAGGUACUGCACUACGAACGUACUCCCUGCCCUUUCGCUCGUACCUUUACAGUCGACCUUCCAGAAGAAUUGGAAGUCAAGAAGACGCGACGAAGGCGAAGCCACGGUGCUGCGAGGAAGUGGAAGUUGGAUCGCGCAUACAGCUGGAAACCAGAAGAUGGCGUGGAGCCGCAAAGUAGAGUCAGCGAAGAGUCGUCAGGGAGUGCAGCAGGCUCCGAUGAGGAAGAAGGCUCGAGUUCGAACGAGGAUACACGAUCAGAGGCAUCGGAAAGCCGCGAUGCUGUCAACGAAUUGCCCAUCCAAACCCCAUCCAGACCCAGCGUCAAAGAACGAGCACGAGGCUUCAAUCUGCGAUCUGUCACGGCGCCUGCUAAAGUGUCGUUGCCAGCGCCAUCCACGCCUACACCAAGGCUGAGCACGAGGAUCCCCGUAGACGCUCGGCUACAGUCUAGGGACAGAUCAAGGUCGCCUAUGCAACAGGAAGCAGAAGAACCUAGUAGUGGUCAAACAUCGCUGAGACCCUUCCAAUCGAUUCCUACCGACAUGCCGCCUUCCCCUCCAGACUCAAGCGCAGGAAUCGACUUUACUACGGAGCACCCACCACGGACAGCGUUUCCUGAUGCAUCAACGUCGGUUGACGUGCAUGAAGCGUCGUUCAUCAGUGACUCUUCUGCACGCGACACAGAUAUGUCUGCUAAUUCCGCUACAGCCCUGAAGAAGGAUUGUGUCGAAGAAGCUGCUAAACAUGUUGCGGGAAGAUCGGAGGGCUCGCUUCCAGAAGCCGGCCAAUUGGAUUCGACAGCUUUCGCGGUGCAAAACAGUGAGGCGGAAGACGGUACGCCAAACUCCAUAUUAAUUGCAUCUGCAGCGUCACAGGAGGAAGACAUAUUUGUCACUUACAGCAGCCGUGAAGGAGUCAACCCGGAACGUGGGAACCACGAGUCCCUUCAUGACUCGAGUGCACUUGAGUCAGGUAGCGUGGGAGAUCAGUCCGCCUUACUUUCAUCACACGCAGGGCGACGCGAAGGUGAACCAGAGAACGGCCCAGAUCCUGCUGCUGGCGAUGAACUGUCAAGAUGCCACGAGGAAGAGAACUCUGCUAUUAGCGAAGCCGACAAUGACGUCGAGAACGAUGCCGGCCAAGAACAAUUAAGACCGGUCUCCAUACCAGGCCAAGAGCCUGCGGUCGAGCCUGCGGUCAAGCCAGACCCUUAUGCACAGAUCCAGGCGAGGAUACAGGCGAGGAGAAGCAUUGGAGGGACGACCUCCUUCCAUCCAACAAGAAAGAGUCCAACCAGACAAUCGACCUCGUCCACCGCCUCUUCAGCAUCGCUGUCAUCGAUGAGAUCAGGCCUAAGCCGGCGCAGUGGCUCCUCUCAACCACAGCAGCAAGCUCUUGCCAGCGCUCUAGUACGCAAGGCAUGUGCAGUGUUCCUUGGACCACCGGCCCACCUAGUUGUGAUCAUGCUUCGGAUUGCGGCAAGAUUUGCGAAAGGAGCGCUGCCGUCUUCUCUGAUGUUCGAGUCUCCUGCAGGCAUGACUAAGCGUGUACCUGGCAGCUUCGACUUGGAAGGGAGCGAUGUUGAGGACUUUGAUCUUGACGAUAUGGAUUGGGAAGAGGAUGACUUUGGGGUGCCGCUGCGCAGUCCGAUCAGAUUGGCGAUGAACGAUGCUGUGUCCAGAGAGCUUGGCGAGAAUUCACUGCUUCGUGAACGCAAGGCAUGGGAUGGUUGA